AUGUCUUUCCGUGGACGUGGCAAUGCCACCGGUGCGAACCGGGGCGGCUUCAGCAGCCGUGGUGGCCGCGGAGGCUACCAGCAGUCUUUCGGACCCCCCGCGCAAGUUUUCGAGAUGGGAACUGUCAUGCACGCUUGCGAGGGCGAGAUGGUCUGCGAGUCGAUCAACCCCAAGAUCCCCUACUUCAACGCCCCGAUUUACCUGGAGAACAAGACUCCUAUCGGUAAGGUCGACGAGGUCCUCGGUCCCAUCAACCAGGUGUACUUCACCGUGAAGCCCCAGGAGGGUAUUGUCGCUACUUCCUUCAAGACUGGUGACAAGGUCUUCAUCGGCGGCGACAAGCUGCUUCCUCUCGAGAAAUUCCUCCCCAAGCCUAAGGCCCCUGAGGGUGCUAAGCCCAAGCGCGCUGGUGGUGCCCGUGGUGGCCGCGGUGGUGCUCCCCGUGGCCGUGGCGGUUUCGGUGGACGUGGUGGUGGUGGCUUCGGUGGCCGUGGUGGUGCUCCUCGCGGUCGUGGUGGCUUCGGCGGUCGUGGCGGCUCCGGUGGUUUCUCUCGCGGUGGUGGCGGCGGCUUCUCUCGCGGUGGCGGAGGUGGCUUCGGUGGCCGCGGUGGCCGUGGUGGUGGCUUCCGUGGUCGUGGGUGA